AUGGCCUCCAACCCCGCCACCCUGCGCUCCCUCUACCGCAGCCUCCUGCGCGAGCUCCCGCCCCGCCCCAUCCUCGCCCGCAACCGAUCCCCCAUCCACGCCCGCAUCCGCAGCAGCUUCGCCGAGCCCGCCGCCGCGCACCCCGCCGCCGCCACCGAGGCCGCGCAGUUCCUCGACUACCUGCGCGCCCAGCGCGUCUACGCCACGCUGCUCGAGCGCUACAACCCCGGCAUGGGCAUGGACGAGGAGGAGCGCGUCCGGCUGACGGCGAGGAGGGUCGGCAUGGAUCUGCCCAAGGAGUUUGGCAAGCAAUGA